AUGAAAAAACAUCCAAUUGAAUAAAUACAUAGUUCAGUUUAUGACAAAGUUGUGAAAUCAUUAACUAUCUUUUUCAUGCUCAUCUCUUUGUUGAUCAGCAUUGGAUUAGAUAUAGUACAUGGUGUAGUUGAUUUUUAUUCAAAUGAAGAUUAGUACUAAGCUCAAAAUGCUACAAUUGGAUAUAUUUCUGAUAAUCUCAUUUUCAAACCAAUCAAAUAGUAUCAAAUACCUAAUAAUUAGAGUAUAUUUUAGAGAUUUGGAUUGUGAUUUAUCUGAAGAAAUUUAAUAAUUAUUUCCAUUCGCAGAAUAUAAUAUUACUAGAUGGUUUUCUCAAUUGAUUUGUGUAACUAGAUUUGUUGACAUAAGAUUGUCCACUGAAUGUUCAGAUACUGAAUAUAAUUGUGGUCCUUAUUGUAUUUAAACAAGUGAAGGCUCUUAGUGUCCUAUUUCAAAAUUGACAAUAAUAUAAAAUGAGAUUGUUGAUGAAGAUGCAGAUUAAAAUUUGGAGAGUAACAGAGAUUUGUAUAUCUAAAGAGAGAAUUCAUCUUAUGGAAUAUUUAAAAUUCAAGUUUUAAUAAGGGGAUAUCCAUGUCUAAAUCCUUUAAUUUAUAUAACAGCAGGAUUAACCAAUAACAGUGAAUAUAUCGAUCCUGAAAAUUGUGAGAGCUCUGAUUUUGACACAGAUAUACAUGAUUUAAUUUUUAAUCAAUAAUAAUUAUUAUAUUAUGAAUAAGAUCAAUUCGAAUGA